AUGGCAUCAAGCCACAAUUCCCUCCGGGACCGUCAAAUCAGGUCCAUUGAGCGCAUGCUGAAUUUGAACCACGAACCUGAACAAUCCGCCGACAGCCAGGAACAGAGCUCCAUUGCUAUUCCUUCUACCCCGAUUCUCAACGAGGAUGGGGACCCAAUAUGGAAAGUCUUGGUCUUCGAUGACCUCGGACGAGAUGUCAUAAGCAGUGUGUUACGGGUCAACGACUUGCGGACAUGGGGGGUCACGAUGCAUAUGCAUAUAGCUUCGGCCAGGCACCCUAUUCCAGACGUUCCUGUACUGUACCUUGUUGAACCAACAUCUUCAAAUUUGAAAGCUAUUACCUCAGAUCUCUCGCGCGGCCUCUACUCCCCAGCAUACAUUAAUUUCCUCUCCUCGAUACCCCGGCCUUUACUUGAAGAUUUUGCGAAACAGACGGCAGAAGCUGGUACGUCAGAGAGCAUAGCGCAAUUCUAUGACCAAUAUUUGAAUUUCAUCGUCGCGGAGCCGGACCUAUUCAGCUUGGGGAUGCAGAAAGAGAACACAUACUGGGCGUUAAAUAGCGCGCGGACGAACGAUGAAGAAUUGGACCAUGUGGUAGACCGCAUCGUCAGCGGGCUAUUUAGUGUUAUGGUUACUAUGGGUGUCAUGCCCAUUAUACGAUGUCCGAAGGGGGCGGCAGCGGAGAUGAUAGCUGCAAAGUUGGAUCGAAAACUUCGAGACCACAUCCUUAAUUCCAAAGACAACCUCUUUUCCGCUCCGAGCAAUCGACCAUCAACAGCGAGUGGAACACCCUCGUCCCGACCAGUACUCAUCAUUCUGGACCGGAAUGUAGAUCUGAUACCCAUGCUUUCACAUUCGUGGACCUAUCAAUCGCUGGUUCAUGACGUUCUAAAGAUGAAGCUUAACCGUAUCACAGUAGAAACACCUAUCGACGAGGAAAACCCCGCCAAGGGUACGACUAAGAAGUCCUACGACCUGAGUGCAAGCGACUUCUUCUGGACCAAGAAUGCUGGAGUCCCGUUUCCUCAAGUAGCGGAGGACAUCGACGCUGAAUUAAUGCGAUAUAAGGACGAUGCCAAUGAGCUCACCAAAAAGACGGGGGCUUCUUCGAUAGAAGAUCUCCAAAAUGACACAAGUGCAUCUGCGCAGCAUUUGAAAGCGGCAAUUACUUUGUUGCCCGAAUUGCGGGAAAGGAAGGCUAUCCUUGAUAUGCAUAUGAAUAUCUUGGCGGGUUUAUUAACCGGCAUCAAAAACCGACAACUCGACAAUUUCUUCCAAUUAGAGGAGAAUAUCAUGAAGCAGACCAAGGCACAAAUGCUCGAGAUUCUGACCGAUGAGGCGAAGGGUAAGGAGCCGAUGGAUAAACUCCGAUUGUUCAUAAUCUGGUUCUUGAGCACCGAGCAGGAUGUUUCAAGGACCGAUAUGGAGAAGUUCGAAGAGGCGUUGAAGGCUGCAGGUGCGGACACCACGUCUCUCGCAUAUGUCAAGCAAGUCCGGGCUACAACACGGAUGACAAUGAUGACUUCGGCGCCAUCCUCAACUCCCUCGCAAGCUUCCACCUCCACCGAGCUCUUCCGCGGCUUCAGCAGCAUCUCCUCACGACUCACCUCCUCCCUCAAAGAAUCCGGCGUCGGCGCCAAUUUUGAAAACCUCAUCUCGGGCGUCAAAAACUUCCUACCCGCCAACCGUGAUCUCACCGUCACCAAAAUCACCGAAUCGAUCAUGGACCCCGCAGGCGCUUCCAGCAGCGCCAUCGCCAAGACGGAAAACUACCUGUAUUUUGAUCCGCGGAGCGCGAACGCCAGAGGCACGAUGCCUCCGCCGAGCGCGGCGCGGAAACGCGAGCAGAUGCCCGGCGGGCUGGGAGGUGGCCUGGGCGCUCAUGGACCAGGAACGGGAGCCACGUUUGGCCAGAGGAGGCAAGGGUUUAGUGAGGCGAUUGUCUUCACAGUUGGCGGUGGUAGCAUGGAUGAGUAUGGCAAUUUGCAGGAGUGGGCUAAGAGGACGGGCGCGGGUGGGAGCGGGUCAGAAAAGGGCGCGGCCAAGAGGAGAGUAGUGUACGGAAGCACUGAACUGAUUAACGCCGAGGAAUUCCUCAAGUUGGAGUUAGACAAGCUGGGAGCUGAAGCGGCUUCGUAG